AGUGUGCGCUGCGGGCGCUGGGGGCUCGAGAACCGAGCGGAGCUGGUUGAGCCUUCAAAGUCCUAAAACGCGCGGCCGUGGGUUCGGGGUUUAUUGAUUGAAUUCCGCCGGCGCGGGAGCCUCUGCGGAGAGAGCAAGCGAGAGAUGGAAAUGGAAAAACGGAUUCAUUUAGAGCUGCGGAACAGGACGCCCUCUGAUGUGAAAGAGCUUGUCCUGGACAACUGUCGGUCGAAUGAAGGCAAAAUCGUAGGCCUCACAGAUGAAUUUGAAGAACUGGCGUUCUUAAGUACAAUCAACGUUGGCCUCACCUCAGUCGCAAACCUACCAAACUUAAACAAACUUAAGAAGCUUGAACUAAGCGAUAACAGAAUCUCAGGGGGCCUGGAAGUAUUGGCAGAAAAGUGUCCGAACCUCACGCAUCUAAAUUUAAGUGGCAACAAAAUUAAAGACCUCAGCACAAUAGAGCCACUGAAAAAGUUAGAAAACCUCAAGAGCUUAGACCUUUUCAAUUGUGAGGUAACCAACCUGAAUGAUUACCGAGAAAACGUCUUCAAGCUCCUCCCGCAACUCUCAUAUCUCGAUGGCUAUGACCAGGACGACAAGGAGGCUCCUGACUCGGAUGCGGAGGGCUACGUGGAGGGUCUGGAUGAUGAUGAGGACGAUGAUGAUGAGGAAGAAUAUGAUGAAGAUGCUCAGAUAGUAGAGGAUGACGAGGAUGAGGAUGAGGAGGAAGAAGGUGAAGAAGAGGAUGUGAGUGGAGAGGAGGAGGAGGAUGAAGAAGGUUACAAUGACGGAGAAAUAGAUGACGAGGAAGAUGAAGAAGAUCUUGGUGAAGAAGAAAAGGGUCAGAAGCGAAAACGAGAACCCGAAGAUGAGGGCGAAGAUGAUGACUAAGCGGAAUCACCUAUUUUGAAAAAUUCCUAUCGUGAUUUGACUGUUUUUACCCGUGCCCCCUCCCCCAAAUCCUGACCCCCGAAACUUAUUUUUUUCUGAUUGUAACGUUGCUGUGGGAACGAGAGGGGAAAAGUGUACUGGGGGUUGCGGAGGGAGGGAGGGCGGGAGAGGGUGGAAUAAAAUACUAUUUUUACUGCCACUCUUUA